AUGUUCAUAAUUUAUCAACAAGGAGCUUUUGCAGAAAAUGCAGGCAAUCGGUGGAAAAACAGUACUACUUUUACUAAUAAACAUUGUACUCUCCAUCGCAAGGUUCAAUCACAUCAACUAUUAGGAAAUAAUAUUUAUUUUAAUCAAAUGAAACCUAUUUUCGUUGUGUUGAGAAUAGUGGGGAGAUUUCCUUACUCCUUCACAAAAACAGGUAUUGCCCCAUUUUCCUUCAUGUCUUGGGCAUUUCUUUACAGUCUUGCCUUUAAUGUGGCCUUUUGUGUGAUGACUACUUACAGCGUCCGAAAGAUAAUUAGAGACAAAAUAUAUCCUUCACAAAGUUUUGAUGAAAUCAUGUUCUGGUGCUUACCUCUUCUGUUUGGAAUUCAAAGUUUCCUAGGCCCUAUCACAUUUUGGUGGGAUGCUCCUAGAACAGUGAAGUAUUUCAAGAAAUGGAAAGAUUUCGAGGAUUUGUGGAGAUGCAGAAAAAUGUAUUCAGUUAAACGAUUGAGGUAUACCAGGAUUAUGUCUGCUUCGAUAAUACCUAUGACAAUAAUAAUUUUUAUAUAUGAGACCUCGACUAUUCCAAAAAUAUCGCUUUUCAUUUUCCUCCCUUAUAUACCCAUCCUUGUGACCGAUUUGUUGAUGCUGGGGCAUUGGUGGUUAACUCUUCAUGACCUAACUCUGUAUGCAGAGCAUUUUCUCAUAAGUAUAUUCAAGAUUGGAUCAUAUUUUACAAAAAAACUGCUCCAGAUGAACCUACCCACCCUGGAACAAAAUGGUUUGAAUGAGAUAGAUCUCAUGGUAAAGUGCCUAUCAGCAAAAACUCCAGUCAUUGAAUAUCUGGGUUUUAUAAAAGUUACAAGACAAACUUUUUUACAAUUUGCGAGCAAUGCCGUUACGUACCUAAUUGUUCUCGUACAGAUGAAAGCUCAUCCGAAAGCACUGGGAUUACAUCCAAUACAAGGAAGUGGCAGCAAUAAGACUAUGUAGUUUUGAAAAUCUUAUUAGUUAAGUUUAUCACAUCUAGAAAAAAUAAGUGUUACAGUAGAAGUAAUUGUGAAUAUUGAAUAAAAUAAAUUGUAAUCAAUGGAAUAAUUUAAUCAAUAAUAUUGUAAAUAAACA